AUGACCCACUCAGUGAAGGAGGAAUCCAUGACUGCCGAUGGGCUCGUUAGUACGCCGUCGGAGGUGAAUGGGAUAACUGACGACGGCGACAGAACCCCGACGAAGGCGAUGAAUCGGUUGGUACACUAUGACGUGCUGGAAGAGUCAGAAUGCAAACCUGUCAGAGGUGUUUCGGCCCAUGCUGACGAUAUACAGCGCAAAUGCGCACCCUCGGAUUUUCAUUGGUCUCAGAGUCCGGAGCUACACAAGAUAAGGAGGAAGAAGAUUCUGAAGGCGCAUCCGGAAAUACUGAAAGUGCAAGGUCCCGAUCCACUGGCAGCAGUCUUUUGUACGGCAACAGUUCUCGUCCAGCUAUUCACGUGCUACAUAGUCAGGGAUUGGUCCUGGCCGAGCCUUUUGAUAGUGACAUAUAUUGUGUCCGGGACGAUGAAUCACUCCUUAGUACUUGCGAUGCAUGAGCUAUCUCAUGAUCUCUUCUUCAAGUCGAAGAUGUUGAACAAGGUUUUCUCCAUCUUCUGUAAUCUGCCGACUGGUGUCGCCUCUGCAGCUACUUUCCGAAGAUACCAUCUCGAACAUCACUCGUCACAGGGCGUUGACAAGAUCGAUGUAGAUAUCCCGACUCAUGCGGAGGCUAAGUUCUUCCGUUCGGUUCCGGGCCGCUUUACUUGGGCACUCUUCCAACCGGUGUUCUAUGGCCUGCGUCCUAUGGUUAUUCGUCCCUUGCCUAUGGUCAACUACGAAGCCAUCAAUUGGCUGGUGCAGCUUACAUUCGAUAUAGUGGUGCUCAAGUUCCUGGGCUUGAAGUCAUUCUUCUACCUGCUCUGGGGAAGCUUCUUCGGCUUGGGUCUCCAUCCCAUGUCGGGUCACUUCAUCGCCGAGCAUUUGGAGGCUGUCUACGGCCAAGAGACUUUCAGUUACUACGGUCCUCUGAAUCUCCUUGCGUAUAACGUUGGGUAUCACAAUGAACAUCAUGAUUUCCCUACUGUGGCUGGUCGUAAUCUCCCGAAGGUCAAAGCGUUGGCACCUGAAUGGUACGACAUGCCGAGCUAUGACUCCUGGACACGAGUGUUGUACGAUUUCGUCACCAAGGGAAAUACUAACUUAUACUGUCGAGUGAAGCGUACCAAGGCUUAA